AUGGCUUAUGCACAUGACUCCCACGAGCGAUUGGUGGAGUCCGUCAAGAAGCAGCAGAGGAGCAGUGACAUUGCUAGGGAAGGGUGGCGGCACUAUUGUGCUGCACUGGGCAAUGGCAUUCAGGAUCCAGCCAAGCACACCAGCCAGUUCCUCGAGGAUUUCUUGGAUGUGUUGCAGGCCAACCAGAUCCCCAGGCAGGCUGAGAGCGUAGAGCCUCGGCUUGUGCGCAGCAGUUGUCCUGCACUGGGCGCUGGGCAGAUGGAGAUCUUAAUCCAUGCGGAUGACACUAUCCCGGUGCAGUGCAUCACGUUGCAGGACCUGAUUGCGGAGUACAAUCCCUCGGUGAUUAAGAUUGACGCAGAGGGGGCAGAGCGUUACAUAACUUCAGUCGAGGACUUCGGAGUAGUCCGGCGCUUGGUCGUGGAGUGGGACUGGACCCACAAUCGGCGCCUAGACACGUGGGAGGAUGUGAAGAGGAGCUUGGAGUCACAUGGAUUUAAGCUCAGCAUCCGUGGUCGCAUGCCAGAUUUUGAUGAGGGCCAUGCCAUCCUCACAGAUGCACGCUGCAAGAAACGGGGGAACACAGGCAUGAUUUUCGUGGCUGCUCGAAAGCCCAGCUCAAUUGACCAGCGACGUCCAAAGAUCGAUUCGUGCCCUGCGAGAUCAGAGCUAAGCUUCGAGUCGUCCGCUUCUGACGCUGAAAGCGGGCUGCAACCGCAACCGCUUCAACCGCCGCAACCACCUCUGGCCUCACAGUUGGAGGCCUUGACAACUGAGCAGAUGGAGGAGCGAUUAAUCCAGUUUGGGCAAUCUGUUCGGCCGACUGCACCUGCAGAGUUUUUUGUCAUGGGCUUCAAAGAGCGACGCAGAGUUGAGCUUGUCCAAGCCUUGUGCGAGGCAUACGAGGGCCAACCAAGGAUUUGGAAACACUCCGUGGGCGUACAGCUUCCGCCGGAUGCAGUUGCUCGUCUGCUGGCAGUCCUUGAGCGCAUUAAGUUUGCAGAAAAUGCCCGGCCAAGCGUUAAUGCAUCGGGCUAUCUGAUUUUGAGGGCUGCGCAGGCUGCAAGGUUUGCAGAUGCUUGGGGUGAAGAACGUUUGCUAGGGGAGCUGUGGAAUCUGGCUGGGCAGACUCUCUCCGAAGCAUCUCAGAAAGCAGCGGCCUUCAAUUUCACAGCUAUGGCAGUGACCAAGAACUUCCGAGGAAGCCCGCACGUGGAUCAGAACGACCUUUCUGUUCAAUAUGCCCUUUCAGCAGGAAACUUUGAGAAGGGUGGCGAGUUGUGUAUCGAGGAGAACGCUAACUUGGUGCGGGUGCUGGACACGCGCAAUCGUAUUGUUUGCAUUGAUGGGCGCUUCCCGCACUGGGUGUCCGGGUAUACAGGGGAUCGCUACUCCAUCAUCUACUACCGCACCGCUGGAAACUUUGACCCACCGGUUUGUGCUGUGCACCCUGUGUGA